AUGUCAUCAUCGAGCAAUGGCACAGCUAGUGUUGAAUCACUUGCUGAAGUAUUUCGUUGCUUCAUUUGUAUGGAAAAAUUACGAGAUGCUCGUCUUUGUCCACAUUGUUCAAAAUUAUGUUGUUAUCCAUGUAUUAGAAGAUGGCUUACCGAUCAACGUCAACAAUGUCCACAUUGUCGAGCAACACUUCGUUUACAUGAUCUUGUAAAUUGUCGAUGGGCUGAAGAAGUAACCAGUCAACUUGAUAGUUUAAAAGUCAGUGAAAUGUGUAAACAAAAACGUGAAGAAAAAGACAAAUGCGAAGUACAUCGAGAAAAAUUAAGUGUGUUUUGUUCAUCAUGUUCAAAAUGUAUUUGUCAUCAAUGUGCUUUAUUCAAUGGUUCGCAUGCUGGCCAUAAUUUUCUUCAACUCGAUGAUGUCUAUCAAGCAAAUAUAUCUGCUGUGAAUGAACAUAUUGGACAACUCAAACGGCGUCAUGUUGAACUUAUUUGUUUAAUACAAGAUGUGGAGAGAAAUGUUGAAAGUGUCAAAGCCGCAAAAGAUGAACGACUUCGAGAGACACGAAAUGCAAUGCAUGUUAUGCAAGCUAAACUUGAUGAACAACUUAAAAUCAAAUUAGACGCUUUAAAUGGUCAACGCCUUCAAUUCUCUCGUGAAACAGAAUUAAUUGAACAUGUUUUACAAGAUAUCGAACAUCGUGUAUCGACAAGUGGUAAAGCUGAAGUUAUUGGUAAACAGCAAGAUCUUCUUAAUUCUAUUCAAAUGAUUUAUCGAAAACCAAUGACAAGUUUUGUUACAACACCUGUUCCAUGUGAUUUUCCUAGUGAAAUUGUUCCACAAUAUGAUUCUAGUACAUUUGUCAUAACAAAUUUUUCGAUUCUUCGACAUAAUGUUGAUCCAAUUUACAGCCAACCAUUACAUGUGAAUGGAUUGACAUGGCGUUUAAAAGUUUAUCCAGACGGUAAUGGUACUGUGCGUGGUACAUAUCUAUCAGUAUUUCUUGAACUAACGAAUGGUUUAAAUGAACCAUCAAAAUAUGAAUAUCGUGUCGAAAUGAUUCAUCAAUUAAGUAAAGAUCCAUCGAAAAAUAUUGUUCGAGAAUUCGCAUCAGACUUUGAAAUUGGAGAAUGUUGGGGUUAUAAUCGAUUUUUUUUACUCGACGCUUUAAUAUCCGAAGGAUUUUUGGAUACUGAUAAUGAUAUAUUAAUAUUACGUUUUCAAGUACGUCCACCAACAUAUCAUCAGAAAUGCCGUGAUCAACAAUGGUAUAUUGCCAAUAUCGAAAAUGAAAAUCAUUAUUUACACAAUGAAAUCAAACUUUUGCGGGAAAAAGUUCAUUUUCUUGCAUCAAAUAAACGACGUAGUUUACCAUCAACGGAGAAAAACGACAACGAAGAAAUACUUUCAACUAGUCCAAUUGCGGAUAAUAAUAUUAAUAUUGAUAAUAAUUAUACUAACAAUAACCAACGAGAUAAUGCAGGAAAAACAAAUAUUGUAGAUGUAACAAGAAGAACUGAUCAAGAAGAUGAAGACGAUGAUGAUGAACAUACAUCUCUUGAAUCCGAUCCAUCGUAUCAUAUGGAUUCUGAAGAAUUAAGUUCAGAUGACGAUGAUGAUGACGACGACGACGACGACGACGACGAUGAAAAUGAUAUUGAUGUCGAAACUGCAUUAACUGAAAACGACGUCGAAGAAGGCCCAACAUGUAACAUAACAACUUUUACUCUUAAUGAUCGAUCUACACCUACGGAACAAAGUCUUCACCAACGAUAUUCUCUUAUUAUUGCUUCUCCUGCUGUCAGACCAAAUGAUGUAGCAACAACGUCUACAGCAGCUACAACAACACAGACAGCAUCAACAGUAGCAAAUCCUGAUAUAAUAACAACAGAUCCUGUAACAUUAAGCGUUCUGUCAGCUGAUAUUGAUAAUAUUGUUCAGCAUGCAUUCGAUAGAUGGAAAAAUGAAUCUAUGGCAGUGAAUAAUCAACCUAGUAUUAUGAAUGAGUCAUCACCAUUUAACAAUGAUGACUUUUUACUUGCUGAUUUUUUACAACACUCUGAAAAUGAUCCACCACGUGUAGUUUUACGUUCAUCAGAUAAUCAACCAAAUAUUUCUUCUCUAUUCCGCCCAAUAAUACAAAAUAGUACCAAUGAAUCUACUGCUUCUUCAACAGCAGCUGUAAUUCAUGCAUUUCAUCCACAAUAUCAAACGUCAUUGAAUAAUUUGAUGUUACUUAAUUCUCAAAUUCAACGAUCAGUGUCUCCAUCGGAUCUUAGUCCUCCACAAAGACCUCGCAAUCGUCAUCAUCAUCAUCGUCAUUCAACAACGGCACGGCGAACACAAAUAACACCAGCUGUUGUUGUUAAUGAUGAACAGCAAUCAUCAUCUGAACAUAAUAAAAAUAAUCUAUGA